GCGCCACUUGUUCUUAGCGGUGGCGCUGGUGUUAAGAGCAACACAAAUCAUGGCUGCGCCCAUUCGUAAAUAUAUAACAUGCUGGCAGUUUCAGCAUUGUCAAAAGUCAUCUCAUUCGUUUAGCUUGUUUACUGCCUUCCGUCGUCUGCAUUUAUCAACCAGAAGAUGUACUUUAAGUGCGUGUGUUAAAAAUCUAGACUACGUAUAUGUCAAACAAAGCAAGCCCAAUGAAGAAACUGUUAAGGAAUUUCAAGCAGCAAUGCGCUCAGUCCCUUCACCAGUGGUGGUUGUGACGGCAGCAGAGUAUGACCAAAACGCAAAAAGUUGGUAUAAGCGUGGUGCUACAUGUGGAUCGUUCAGUAGCAUGUCUAUGGCACCACCUAUUGUGUCUUUCAAUAUACGACAUCCCAGUCGUUUCCACAACUUAGUGAAGAAAACACAGAAGUUCACCAUAAAUGUUUUAACAGAAGACCAAGCCCAUCUCAGCCUGCACUUUGCCAAGAGAUGUGAAGAAAGUGAAGAUCAGUUUGCUGAUGUGCCCCAUAUGGUUGAUGCAGAGGGCAAUGUUUUGCUGGACGACAUGGUUGCUAUAAUACUCUGUACAGCACAUGGGUUCCACACUGUUGGAGACCAUUACCUGUGGCUGGGAAAUGUGGCUCACGCAUGGCACUACAAGGAUGCUGAGCCCUUACUGUAUUGGAGGCGGAAAUACAGGUCACUGGGUGAUGAGACAUUCAUCAAGGCAUUCGAGGAGCGAACACUACCAUACGAAUGGUGGAAUCACGAGGCACAUCUACGUAUGGCAUGGAACUAUAUUCUAGAAUAUGGCAAGGAAGAUGCCAUUCCUCUGGUGAAAACUGGUAUAAAGAAUUACAAUGAAAAGAACAAGGAUAAGGUGAGGCAUACUCAUGGCUACCAUGAGACUAUCACCAUGUUCUACUUGGAGAUAAUAAAUCACAGCAUUAGGCAACAGGAGUGUAGUAAGCAGACGUUUGAAGAGUUUAUUGAUGCUAACAAGGACCUUCUUGAUAGACAGCUGCCCCUCAAGUACUAUGCAGAAAACACUCUGUUCUCACCAGAGGCAAAGAUAAAAUUUGUGGCUCCAGACAAGAAACCACUCCCCUCCUAACAGCUGUCCUCAUUACAGAGAAAGUCGGUGACAAACGGGAUCAAGGAAAGACCUUACUGUGAAAUAUGUGCUGCCCCUACAGUGGGGUGGGUAUGUGCUGAGGUUUGCCAGUGUUGUAUACCUAAUUAUAUGUGGAUUUACCUAGUAAUUAAAUUUGAGUCAAACGCUUAAGGUGAUAAUUCCGCACUGAUAUAGCAUUGAUAAGUUAAUGUAUGAAAGUUUAUACCCUUGACUCUGUAUCUGUGAGAUUAAUAGCAUUCACUCGAGUAAAAGCACAAGUAGUUAUGCAUGUAACAUAGUGGUGCCACCUGGUGGAUAAAGUUAUGAUACAAGGGUACUUGUGUGUCUGUAAUGUCUGCAAAUUGUUAUCUAUGACGGUGCUAAGUAAAAGUGAAAAAUGUAGAAAUGUAAAUAUCUUUUGUGUUAGUAUUCAUGUUUGCAUUUGUUAUAGUUUCAUGAAUAAACAACUUGUUAUAAAAAUG